AUGGGCGCUUCAUCUCCGGCUGGAAAGCCCGAGAAAACUAUGUCGUCGAAUCUCUUGACGAUGAAGUUCAUGCAGCGUGCUGCAGCUUCGAAGGAAGCAAAAGAGGCCAAGGAAGCUGAAAGCACUGGCGACUCCAGCCAACCCACUCCCAAGCGCCGACGCGUCUCAACCGAGGCCGAAAGCCCUCGCAACUCUGAAAUGGAAGCGAUCUCAGCGGCACUUGCUGCUGAGGAGGAAAAACGACAGGAAGCCAUUGCGCGACAGGCUGCGGAAUCUGGUGAGACACAAUGGGUGCUGGACAUCCCGGCUGCUUCCCAAUAUACCCCGCAGCCUGUUGUAUUGGCCGCAGACUCGCUGGACGAUGGCAGUCAAGGUGGACGACGUGGAUAUGGAAACUUCAAGCGCAAAGAGCGCGAGGCGGCAAUUGAAAAACAAAAGCAGGAGGAACUUGAAGCCCGUCUCGAGGCGAAGAACAAACUUCAUCCGGACCAGAGUCUGAAGACACUAACCAGUAUCUCUGGGUCAGGAGGCAGACCGUCUUUGAUGGGAGCCCCGGACAAGAAUAAGAAGCAGAAGCGCAAGAGCAGGUAA